AUGCUCUCCCGUGGCGAUUACACCGUCGGCUGGAUCUGUGCUCUUCCCUUGGAGCUGGCAGCAGCCCAGGCCAUUCUCGAUACCAUCCACGAAGAGCCACUACUGGAUCCUGACUCGAAUGACGACAAUGGCUAUGUUUUUGGGAGUAUCGGCGACCAUAAUGUGGUCAUCGCAUGUUUGCCAAGCGGGGUGUAUGGUACCGUCUCUGCUGCCAGGGUUGCAAAACAAAUGACGACGAGUUAUAAAUCCAUACGUUUCAACUUGAUGGUUGGUAUCGGCGGAGGAGUUCCCUCUACGAAGAAGGAUACUCGUCUAGGAGACGUUGUCGUGAGUAAACCGACAGCUACGUCUGGCGGAGUUAUUCAGUAUGAUCUUGGGAAAAGGACAGGGCCCGAUCAAUUAAAAAUCACGGGCACUUUGAACAAGCCACCGCAGGUGCUUCUAACGGCUGCAGCGAAGCUCGAGGCGAGAGAUAUUCUAGGCCAGAGUCAGUUUUCCCGCUAUCUUUCACAGAUCAUCGAAAGGGACCAGAACGGGGCGUUCGCGUACCCAGGCGCAGACCAGGAUAUCCUUUUCAGCGCAGACUAUGAUCAUGUCGGAGAAGAAAGUACGUGCAGCCGUUGCGACCAAGGAAAAGUACGGCAUCGCGCCGCUCGGAAGACAGAGGCUCCCAAGGUUCAUUACGGCCUGAUUGCAUCGGGAAACCAAGUUAUGAGACAUGGCCUCACCCGAGAUCGGCUAGCUCUUAAGAACGGUAUUCUUUGUUUCGAGAUGGAGGCCGCCGGUUUAAUGGACAAUCACCCAUGCCUAGUAAUUCGUGGCAUCUGUGACUACGCAGACUCCCACAAGAACAAGCAAUGGCAGGGGUACGCCGCAGCGGCGGCGGCUGCCUAUGGCAAAGAGAUUCUGAUAUCUAUCCCUGCAAAACCACUGCAAGGGCCAUCAGUGGUCCGCGUGCGACAGAGUGAGAUUCUUAAUGCACUGCUCUUGACCCAGCCUGAGGACGAUCGAAACUCCCUUAUAAUCAGGAAGGGGAAGAGAGUGGAAAACACAUGUCAAUGGAUAAUGAAGAACCAACAAUAUCGACAGUGGCUGGAGCAGACGAACUCACAGAUUCUGUGGCUUUCCGGAGGGCCGGGUAAAGGGAAAACGAUCCUAGCAAUCUAUUUGACCGAGGAGCUGGAGCGCUGUGUGAAUUUGAAAAGCGGAACAGUGUUGUAUUAUUUCUGUGACAACCAAGAUGAGAAGCGGAACACAGCCCUGGCUGUCCUUAGAGGACUACUGCAUCAGUUACUAGAACAACACCCGUACCUUGCACAGUACAUUGAAAAAUUCUUUGAUGGAGUUGAGACAACAUCCUAUACGGUUUCCAGGUUUGAGCGGUUGUGGAGGGCUUUUUAUACUUUGCUGCAGAACGGGGGGCUUAACGAGGUGGUGUGUGUGGUGGACGGCCUCGAUGAAUGUGAGGACGAGUCUCUGAAAUUAUUUCUGGAUAGCCUCCACAGCCUUUUCCUAGGAAGCAAACCACUAAAUACGCACUUUAAAUUACUGCUUCUCUCCCGAGCACAACCAACAUUUAUCGAGAGCAAGCUUGGCCGAUUUCCACGCCUCGAUCUUGAUGUCGAUCGCCGUCAUGAGCUACGCCGAGAUGUUGAAAAGUAUAUUACCGCCAAAGUCAAUGAAUUAGAAUUGGAGGACCAGCUAGAAGAAAGUAGAUUGAAAAUAGUUCGAGAGGCUCUGGAAAAAGGCGCAGACGGGACGUUUCUAUGGGUCGGGUUUGUCGCUGACGAGCUAAAGGGGAAGAGUAAACACAAGAUGGAAGAGAUUCUAACGAAAGUCCCCAAAAGACUCGGUGAUAUUUACAAGCGAAUCCUUCAUCAGAUGGAAGACAAAGAACAACUGGCUCGCAUUCUUCAAUGGGUUGUAUUGGCUCGGCGACCAUUGACCUUGACCGAACUGGCGAUUGCUGUGGAUAUCCACGACUCCAAUACACAAAGCUGUGUAGAAAUCCUCAAAGACCAGCUUUCAUCCUGCCGACAGCUCUUGAAGGUUAUGGGGGAUUCUGUCAGUCUCAUCCAUAACUCCGCAAAAGACUUUCUCUUAGGAGAUGUGCACAGUGGUAUCGAAGCUUUUUGUGUGAGGGAAGAAACGCAUCUUGUCCUUGCCAGGACCUGUUUGGAUACUAUUGAAGUAGGUCAUAAAACCUCAAACAAUAUCCGAUCUGAACCGGCCGAGUCUACGCUAUUUCCGUACGCGAGCCGCUACUGGCUCGAUCAUCUAAGACAGGUGCCAGAUACCAUCGAGCAGGACCUUUUCUCUCGACAAUUUUUUACCCCAAAUUCUUCUGCGCGUGGCAGGUGGUGGGCAGAUUACUGGGUCAAGGAGCAAUAUGGCGUUGCCCCAACGUCCUUCACGCUCCUGCAUCUCGCUGCAUAUUUUGGAAAAAAAAGAGGAGAAGCCGUUUUCGGUCGAGGCCCUGAACACAUGAAAGAUAGCUAUGGCCGGACCCCUUUGUUUUGGGCUGCAAGUAGAGGCCACGGGGAAGUUGCAAGGCUGUUACUCGAUAACGGUGCCAAUGUUAAUUCAAAGGACAAGAAUAAAUUAACGCCAUUGCACGUUGCGACAACUAGCGAACACACAAAGUUGAUGACUUUGUUUCUAGAUCGGGGAGCUCAUAUUGAAGCGAAAGGGGCCAGCGGCGAUACGCCCUUAGCUCGGGCCAUAGAGAACGGGUCAAAGGAGGUGAUCAAAGUUCUCCUAGAGAGGGGUGCUAAUGAGGAAUACUUGCACGCUCAGACUCGAGUGCGACCGGGCGCUCAUGCGGCGACAAGGCAAGUUUCUAUCGAGGAUCGCGCUGAAGCCCUCCUUGACCUUCAAGACGAUCUUCUUUUCAGACGAUUUGAAAAACGAUUCGAGGUGAUGGGCUUUGCCUUGGGAAAGGUGCUUUUUCUACUUCGGUUGAAGCCCUUCUUUAAACUUAUUGCCAAGUAUAUGGACUAUCAACUUGACCAGCGGGAAGCAAGCAGCUUUGAAGUUCUACGUCAGUUAGUGGUGAAGGACCGAUCCACGGGACUAGAAAAAGCCGUGAGGCCUGUUAUCAAAUUUUGCGAUAGAGUGGUCGAUUCGAAGGACAUUCAGAGGCUGCAAGGCUUGGUAGUAGUCGGCAAUAAGCUGGUUCAAAAUGCGCUGGCCCCAGGUAGUGAGGCACUUUUAGGUGUGGCAAUACAGGUUGGGGUGGCGAUGUUCCAGCGGGCGGUCAAUCAGCAAUUCAGGGAGGGCCUGGACAUUAUGGGGUAUCACAGCGCUCAAUCGUUGAAGAUUGCCUUCGAGAAAGAUAAGCACGACGUCAUCAGGAGGGAAGUCAAUAAGUGCAUGCUGAAAUGGUCUACAGAUGUCACAAACGGAGGAGAAGGGAGUGUGGACAUGCUGGGAGCCGCAUGGAGCCUCUACAAAUCCAUUGUCUUCGACGGCGACCCCAUGACCACAAAAGUGAUGCUCAAUAUAUACGCCGAUGCCUUUGGCGAACUUGUCCGAGGCAAAUAUUCCGAGAGCUUGUUCAGUGAUCUGACAAUUGUGUUGUCCAAUGAUGCAGCUUACUUAGCUAGGCGUCGGGACCACGAUGCAGUUCAAACAGUGACGAAAUGUCUCAUGCUCCUUGCAGAGCGCGGAGACGAUGUGUUUCUGGAUUUUCUAGUAGAUCUAGUCCCUGCAUCGUUUCAGCAAAUUCUCCACAGGCUGCCUUCUAACCUAUGUGCGUGGCUCAUAAGCGAAGGGGAAUUGCUAGCGAAAGACUGUUUCCUUCAACUACAGCUACAAACUCGAGCACUGAAAGCUCUGAUUGAAUGCUUGAUCCUGAUGAAACAAACAUACCCUACAGAGCUCGGAGAGACGUUGGGUUACGUUAAGAAAAUUUUCGAAACAGUCAAACAAGAACGCAUUCUCGACGAGAAGGACAUAAACCAGAUUUUGUAUUACAUAUUUGGUAUCUCCAAUGGCGACGCAGCGUCUGACUGCGGUUCUGGAUAA